AUGGUAAAUAAAUACAAGAGAAAAACAGAACAGGCGGCCUGGUGUGAAACGGCCAUGAAGAAUGCAAUGAAGGAAUCUGAGACCACUUCGGUUACUGCGUCUUCUAAAAAGUAUGGUAUCCCACUUUCUACUCUACAAAGACAUCUAAGAAAGGGCAGUUGCAGUAAAAAUCUUGGACGAUAUCGAAGAGUAUUCAAUGAUGAGCAAGAGGCUGAGUUAUUGGAAUACGUAUUUCAAGUCGAUGAUCUUUUCUACGGCUUAACUAAAAAUGAAUUUUUGAAACUAGUCUAUGAGUAUGCAGAACGCAAUAAUAUCGUUCAUCCUUUUAAGAACGGCAGUGCUGGAAAUGAUUGGUAUUUGGGUUUUAAAAAACGACAUCCUAAUUUAGUUGUUAGGCAACCAGAACCAACAUCAAUUGCAAGAGCACGAGGUUUCAAUCGGCCUCAAGUUUACAGAUUUUAUGAUUUGUUGGAAAGAGAAAUUAAUGAGCAUGACAUUGAUUCAACAGGAAUAUACAAUAUGGAUGAAACUGGCAUUCAUGCAUCUAGUAAUAAACCUCCGACAAUUUUGUCAAAAUCAGGGAAAAAACAGGUGAGUGUAAUUUCAAGCUCGGAAAGAGGAAAAUUGACGACUGUUAUCUGCUGCUGCAACGCGGCUGGAUCUUUUAUACCUCCAUUUUUUAUUUAUGGUAGAAAAAGAAUGGUUGGUAGAUUGUUAGAUGGAGCACCCCUUGGUUCCCUUGCUACUUGCACUGACAACGGAUGGAUUAAUGGACCGAAAUUCCUGGAUUGGCUUCAUCAUUUCGUCGAAAAUACCCAUCCAACUCCUGAGAAAAAAGUAAUCUUAAUAUUAGAUAACCAUGAAUCUCACAAAUAUAUUGAGGCCCUUGAAUAUGCUAGAAAAAAUAAUUUAAUUUUUAUAUCACUGCCUCCUCAUACAACUCAUCGCAUGCAACUUCUGGACCGUUGCGUUUAUGGACCGUUCAAAACUUACUUUGAACAAGAAGUUUCUACUUUUCAACGAAGCCAUGUAGGUAGAAUAAUUACUCAGUACGACGUAGCUGCACUUAUUGGAAAAGCAUAUUUAAAAGCAGCUAGUGCACAAAAUGCUGUUCAAGGAUUUAAAUCCUCAGGAAUAUGGCCCACGAACCGACACAUAUUUAGUGAUGCUGACUUUUUGCCUGCUAGUUUGACGGACAGGGCUGAAGUUAUUGAAAGCACCAACGCUUGCCCAUCGCAGAUCCAAUCUACUGAUGCUGGUCGUCUUGCUAAUAAUUCUGAUUGCUCUACUUCUACAUCUGUAUUUGAAAACGUGGAUCACAAAUACUCUCAAGCAUCAAGGAUUUCGCUACGACGCACAAACGAGGAAACUUCGUAUGAUCCAGCUGUUGAAGAUGAUCCUUCAUGUUCUACGACUAUUAGUGAGAAUUCAUUUCAACCAGUAGAAGAGCUAUUGACACCUCAUGUGAAGCCUUUGGAUAUUAGACCGCUACCAAAACCUACUCCGAACAAAACCAGUCGUAAACGUAAAACUCAGAGAGCUGAAAUUUUAACAAGUUCACCAUUUAGAAAUAUGCAAAUUGAAAAGGAAGAAAAGAAGAAACGUCUUAGUAACAAUGCUGUUGUUAAAAAAAAAUUUAAAAAUCUUCCUUCGACAAGUAAACUAGAGUAUUUUUGUCUUGUUUGUGGGGACCCCUAUGAGGACCCACCGCUAGAAGAUUGGAUUGAAUGUGGAGAUUGUAAAGAUUGGGCUCAUGAAGCUUGCACAACUUAUUCAGGAAGAGGGUCUUAUUUUUGCGAACUAUGUCAAGAAUAA